CCUUCACCUUCUUUUUCCCCCUUUUUUUUUUAUUUUGCAUAAAAUGAUUUCAAAUGCUGCAUUGAAUCCUGAAACGACGAGAAAGCGCAAGAUGAAAACGACAAUGUCAGGUAAGGUUUGGCCAUCCCUUUAUUCUUCAACUAAUUGUGAUUUUUAGCAUGCGUAUUCUGUAGGCGCGUUCAUAUGACUUGUGAUGAAGGUAAAGUAACCCCACUUUUUAUGCAACGUAAACAUAACAAUGAUGAAUAGGCCGCCCAUGCCAAAAAUGCAUUAAAAAUAAUAUAGGAGACAUGUGUUACGACGACGAUGAUGCAAGAUCACCAAGACCAGUCAAGAAACUUUGUGCUUGUAGUGAAAGCAGCAACGAGGAACAAACUCCUUCACCCAUAACGAUGAACAACAAUGAGGUUCAUAUUUUAAAUGAUUAUUUGGAUGACAUGUCAACUGUAAAUAAGGAUGAUCCACAAGAUCAAUUCUUUUUAACCGCAGCAGAUCCAAAAGAUGGAAAACCAGAAGAAAGACUAAACGAAGUGAUUAAUGCCAAAUAUCAAGCAGGUUUUUUAAAGCCAUACAAUUAUGUCAAUGGAUAUGCUCGACUUCAAAGAUACAUGGAGCACCACAUGUCGUCUGACAGUCGGCAACGUAUUUUGAAUGUCAUGGGCAUGUUUCGCCCCACAUUUCGACAAGUAGCACAAUCCUUGACGGAUAUUGAUUUGAUACUCGUUGAAGAAGCAUUCGAACGAUUACUACUGGAUUAUGAUCGAGUUUUUAGUGCCAUGGCUAUACCUGCUUGUCUUUGGAGACGAACAGGAGAAAUAUACAAAGGAAAUAAAGAAUUUGCUGCAUUGAUUAACGUUCCUUUUGAUAAACUACGUAAUGGUCAGUUGUGUAUUUAUGAAAUUAUGGCUGAGGAAUCUAUUGUGAACUAUUGGGAGAAAUAUGGGAAUAUCGCAUUUGAUCCAAGACAAAAGGCUGUGCUGACGUCGUGUAUACUAAACUAUCAAAAAGAAGGGUCAGACAAGACAGCCUUCCAAAAGAGCGACGUGACCUUGUCUUGUUGCUUCUCUUUUACGGUUAGAAGAGACAAGUUUAAUAUUCCAACUUUGAUCGUAGGCAAUUUUUUACCCAUAGACACAAAGCUCUAAUACCCUUCAUUUGUAUUCUUUUAAUUUUACAUUUUUAACAACUGUGGAAGAAAUAGUUUUAAAUGGAUGAGAGAAUAAUAAUAACUUUUUACUUUUCUCUCCCCAGUCACCACUUUCUCGGGUAAGAUAAGGACUCUUUUAAGACUCUCUUUUUUUGAUUAUCCAAAUAUAGACCUUGUGUGCAUUUAUGCACAAAACAGGUUGAUUAUUUACGGAUUCUUUUUUUUUUCUAAGAAUAUCCUUAUUAUAAACAGGUUGAUGCUAUCGCGGCCACAAAGACUCUUUCAUGAUAACUGCACUUGUCUCUCUUUUUUAAAAAGUGUUUAUAGUUAAUAAAUACGAUACACACAACUGUAUUUGAAAAAUAGCUUUACAUGCAACCUAUUGCAUGCACCCC